UACAUGAAACUACUACUAAUUUAGACUAUACAUAUAAUAUUAUAGACCAGGCUGUAAGGUCUAUAUUCCUUUGCCUUAGACUCUUAGGGAAGAGUUUUAAAACAACUCUUAAAGGCUUAACCCAAGUUAUCAAGUACUUAUCCAGUACCUGUUUUUUAUCAAGUGUCAUAAAAUAUUCGCGUUAAAUGUGAAAGCUUUUUAAUAACUGCUGUCCUUGUUUAAUGUUGCUAUUUUUGACUUAAAGGCUAGGCGGCAUUAUAUCUACUAUAAAAUCGUUGUUCAAAAUCAAGAGGAUUAAUCGUAAUUUUUUUGUUAAAUUAGUAUAUAGAUAAUUAUCCAAUAUGAACCCUUUAUUUUUAAGUCCGGAACAUGUCCUACAAGGAGGAUAUUUUAAUGCAACUCUACGAAAGUUGCAAGAGCCCAAUACUACAAUUGAACCUCAUAACUUGAUGUAUCCAAUUUUUCUCUUAGAAAAUGAAGAUGCUAUGCAAUCUGUAUCAAGUAUGCCAAAUGUUUAUCGUUAUGGAAUAAACAAACUGAUUCCAGCACUUGUGGAACUGGUGGAACAGGGUCUGAAAUCCAUCCUUAUAUUUGGUAUCGUUGAAACACUACCCAAGGAUGCAAGAGGCUCAAGUGCAGAUUGUUCCGAGAAUCCCGUAGUAAAGGCCUUGCCCAGGAUUCUCGAAGCCUGCCCCAAUCUGACAAUAGCUUGCGAUGUGUGCCUCUGUCCUUACACCUCACAUGGUCAUUGUGGCUUAUUAACUGAGAAUGGGGUUAUCGACCAUGCUGCCUCCGUGAAGAGAAUUGCCGAGGUCGCUUUAGCAUAUGCAAAAGCUGGUGCUCAUAUUGUGGCACCUUCUGAUAUGAUGGACAACAGAAUUAAGGCCAUCAAAGAUGCUCUCGUAGAGAAUAAACUUCAGAAUCAGGUGUCGGUGUUGUCCUACUCGUGCAAAUUCGCGUCUUCCAUGUACGGUCCGUUCCGUGACACUAUGAAGAGUUCCCCGAUGGCUGGUGACCGGAAGUGCUACCAGCUGCCCCCAGGAAGUGCUGGACUGGCGGCGCGGGCUGCGGCACGUGACGUCAGCGAGGGCGCCGACUUCCUGAUGGUGAAGCCGGGUCUACCUUACCUGGACAUAGUGCGUCAGACCAAGGACAAGUAUCCGCAUCAUCCACUCUUCAUUUAUCAGGUAUCCGGCGAGUACGCUAUGAUCUCGCGUAACGGGGACUCCUCGGAAGUGGAGAGCACUCUCAUGGAAACACUCACGUGCAUGCGGCGAGCUGGUGCCGACUGUAUCAUCACGUACUUCGCGCCGCUCGUUUUAAACAUACUGUGUAGAAAAUAAUUAUAGUAUAACGACAAUGUGUCCACACUACUUUCUUAGGCCAUAGUUUAGAAUUAUAGACUGACAUGGUGACUGAUCAAUUAGAAUUACUUACAAUAAAUUUUGGGGCUUCAAUAAGUACAUACUCUGUUGUUUAUGUUGAAAUAAAAAUAUAUUAUAAAAAAAAAUCGACUUUA